AUGGAGAACGCAUAUGUGCGCUCGACGCAAGAUGUGCUCAAGCACUUUGGUGUGUCGGAGCAGAGUGGACUGUCGGAGAGUGGAGUGUCCGCUUCGCGACAGAAGCACGGCAGGAAUGCUAUCCCCGAAGACCCGCCCACGCCGCUAUGGGAACUCGUGCUCGAACAAUUCAAGGAUCAGCUGGUCCUCAUCCUGCUCGGUUCUGCGGCAAUCUCUUUCGUGCUCGCCCUCUUUGAAGACGGCGAGGGCUGGACCGCAUUCGUCGACCCCGCCGUCAUCCUCACCAUCCUCAUCCUCAACGCCGUCGUUGGUGUAAGUCAAGAAAGCUCUGCUGAGAAGGCCAUUGCUGCUCUGCAGGAGUACAGUGCAAACACCGCCAAAGUCAUUCGCGAUGGAAAGAUCAAGAGCAUCAAGGCGGAUGAGCUGGUCCCAGGAGAUGUGAUUGACGUGUCGGUUGGCAACCAGGUUCCAGCCGACUGCAGACUUCUCAGCAUCAACAGCAACAGCUUCCGCGUUGAUCAGAGUAUCUUGACUGGAGAGAGCGAGAGUGUUGGCAAGGAGACGGAAGCAAUCAAGGAYAGCCAGGCUGUUAAGCAAGAUCAGGUCAAUAUGCUCUUCUCAGGAACCACCGUCGUGACUGGACACGCCCACGCGGUCGUGGUUCUCACCGGUUCGAGUACCGCUAUUGGGGACAUCCACGAGAGCAUCACGUCGCAGAUCUCGCAACCCACACCACUCAAGGAGAAAUUGAACGAAUUCGGAGAUGUGCUGGCCAAGGUCAUCUCUGUAAUUUGCAUUGUGGUCUGGUUGAUCAACAUUCAACAUUUCAACGAUCCUUCAUUCGGUGGCUCAUGGACCAAGGGUGCAAUUUACUACCUCAAGAUCGCCGUCUCUCUUGGUGUGGCCGCCAUUCCGGAAGGUCUCGCCGUGRUCAUUACAACAUGUCUUGCAUUGGGUACCCGCACCAUGGCUCGUAAGAACGCCAUUGUUCGCAGCUUGCCCUCGGUCGAGACAUUGGGCAGCUGCAGUGUGAUUUGCUCGGACAAGACUGGUACUCUCACUACCAACCAGAUGAGCGUCAACAGAAUCGCAUUCGUCAAUGAAUCUCAAUCUGGACUUGAAGAGCUGGCGGUUGAGGGAACGAGCUUUGCACCCGAGGGUGCCGUGUCAAGAGGCGGCAAGGUCGUUGAGUGGGCCGCCGAGUCUUAUAACACUGUCGCUCAAAUGAUGGAAGUCGCGGCUAUCUGUAAUGACGCUGAAUUGGCAUAUGACAGCCAGACGGGCACUUUUCAAAACGUUGGCGAGCCUACCGAGGGCGCGUUGAAGGUUUUGGCGGAGAAAGUCGGCACCCCUGACCGGUCAUACAAUGCUCAAAAGGCUCGUCUCCAACCGGAGCAGAAGCGCAACCUUGCUAGCAACUACUACCACGGAAAGGCCAGCAAGCUGCGAACAUAUGAGUUCUCUCGCGACCGCAAGAGCAUGUCUGUUCUUGUGUCUGGCGGCAAUUCCGAGCGUCUCCUCGUGAAGGGAGCUCCCGAAACCAUUCUCGAACGCUGCUCACAUUGUCUCGUUGGAACCGACGGCAAGACUGCCGCUUUGUCAUCAAAGCUAGUCGCUGCAAUUCAAAAGGAGGCAGUUGAGCUCGGCAGACAGGGCCUCCGUGUCAUGACACUCGCCAGCGUUAACAACGUCAACUCGUCUUUUGCCAAAACCGCCAAGACCUCCCAGGAGUAUCUUCAGCUCGAGCAGAACAUGACCUUCCUCGGAGUCGUUGGCAUGUUGGAUCCACCUCGUCCCGAAGUCCCAGAAGCCAUCAAGAAGUGCCGCUCCGCUGGCAUCCGCGUGGUGGUCAUCACUGGUGAUAGUAAGAAUACCGCCGAGACCAUCUGUCGCCAGAUUGGCAUCUUUGGUGAACACGAAGACCUUUCAGGAAAGAGCUAUACCGGUCGCGAAUUCGACAAUCUCAGCGAGAGUGAAAAGCUCGAGGCCGCGAAACGAGCAUCCCUUUUCUGCCGAACAGAACCAUCUCACAAGACAAAACUUGUAGAACUCCUCCAAUCCGCCGGCGAAGUCGUCGCAAUGACCGGUGACGGUGUCAAUGAUGCCCCCGCAUUGAAGAAGAGUGACAUCGGAGUCGCAAUGGGCAGUGGUACGGAUGUGGCCAGAAUGGCCGCCGAUAUGGUUCUCGCGGACGACAACUUCGCCACUAUUGAGACAGCGGUCGAGGAAGGCCGAAGCAUCUACAACAACACCCAGCAAUUCAUCCGAUACCUGAUUUCUUCCAACAUCGGCGAAGUGGUAUCCAUUUUCCUCACUGCGGCACUCGGCAUGCCGGAAGCACUCAUCCCCGUGCAAUUACUUUGGGUGAACCUUGUCACGGAUGGUCUUCCUGCGACGGCAUUGAGCUUCAAUCCCAAGGACAACGAUGUGAUGAAGCGCCCACCACGCAAGCGCGACGAGCCUCUUGUGAGCGGCUGGUUGUUCUUCAGGUACAUGGUGAUUGGAACGUAUGUUGGAUUGGCGACUGUUGGAGGCUAUGCUUGGUACUUUAUGUACUUUGAGAGCGGCCCUCAAAUCUCCUUCUGGGAGUUGUCCCACUUCCACCGUUGUUCCACUGCAUUCCCUCUGGUCUCCGGCGGCUGCGCCAUCUUUUCMAACUACGUCGCCAAGACCGCCUCGACCAUCUCCCUCUCCAUUCUCGUGGUGAUUGAAAUGCUCAACGCCAUGAACGCGCUCUCUUCCUCGGAGAGUCUCCUUUCCCUUCCAUUGUGGAAGAAUAUGAUUCUCGUCUAUGCCAUUACUCUAUCCAUGGCUUUGCAUUUCGCUCUCCUUUACACACCAAUCCUGCAGGGUGUUUUCGGAAUCGUGCCGUUGGGCUGGGAGGAAUGGAAGGUUGUACUGGCGUGGAGUGCGCCGAUCAUCCCGCUUGAUGAGGGGUUGAAGUGGAUGGAGAGGCAAUUCUUCAUGGAGACUACGGAGGUCGCCAAGGGGAAGAAGAUGGAUUAG